AUGAGCAAACUUGAUAAUCUAAAAAACCUCUAAAUAUAGUAGCUUAAGGAAGUGAAUCCAGAACACGGUGAUUAGGCAGCUGCAGUGAAGUUCACAUCGAAUCGUAUAAAUGCCCUUGAAAAAUUUGUUAGAGAUUCCUUACAUUAAGAUAAGGAGUACUUUGCAGGCGAAAAAUCUACACUUUAAAAUAUUAUUGAGACAUUAACAACUGAGAAUAAUAGGCUCCUAUAACAUCUACAAGUGAACAGAGAAUAAAAAUAAUAAAUUGAAGCAGACCUAAAAAUAUCACAAGAGGAAAUUGCUAGAUUAAAGGCAAUAGUUCCACAACAUGAUGAAAAAUAACUUCAAAACGAGAUUUAGGAGACCAAGAAGACUAUUGUAAAGCUGAACAAAAUGAGAUAAGAUGAAGCCAAUGGAUUGAAUAUUAAUGAUUUAAAGCAAUUGAACAUCAAGAACAAAGAUAAGGAGAGUCCUGUCAACGAAUUGUGGAUCUGGUCUUUGGUUGUGAUUUAUAAGGAACCAGCCUCAAGUUAUUAUUGGAACAAUUUCAAAGGAUAAGUGUUUGAGAAUGCAGAAGGUGCUCAAGACUUCAAGGAUAGAUUGGGAAGAGUCAAAGCUGUGGACAUGAAAAAAGAUGAGUUUGAAAGAACCCAAAAUUUAUUGAAACAAAGGGAAUAGAUUUUAGCAGCAGAGAUCUUGACACCUGCAAUCAAAACCUAAAUUGCCAGUUUCUUUAAGAUUGUGGAUUUGAUGAUAGAGGUUGAGAGACAUUCCAAAUUGAUUCACAAUAAUGAGAAAUUGUUGCAAUAACUUGCUAAUGAGAAACAAUAAAUAUAAUCAGAGACCAACAAAAAUUAAGACAAGGCCUAAAUCCUAAAGGAUAGAAUAACCUUCUUAGACACCAUUCAUAAAGGCUAUCAAUUCAUGUACGAUGCUAUGGUCAAGAAAAUCCACAGCUAUCAACAAGCCUAAAUUUUAAAUGAUAAAUUUACAGAGCAAAUAGAGCAAAGCUUUAGCAAUUUAGAUUUCUCUAAAAGUUACGAUCAAUAAUAUGUUCCAUAAAUAGUACAAACUAUUUAACAUGAGAAGAUUGAAAAUUAAGACAACCAAUAAAUGAAAGUUUAAUAGGUUGUAGUAGAGGAGUAACAAUAACAAAAUCAAUAAAAAGUCAAUGUGAUUGAAGUGAAACAAACACCAUAAGAUGAGUAGAUAGACUUACAACAAUAACCACCAACAGAAAUUGUCCAAACGAAGACUGGAGGAUGUGAGGCCUGCAAUAUUUUUUGAGAGAAAUGAUAAUCCUUAAUAAAUAUUCAUAAUAA